AUGUCAUUUGUGCAGCUCUGGUUGUUGAUGCCACUCUGCCUGCUCACCCUGAUUGUGGAAGACAGUUCUGCCACAGAUGUCCAGCCGCACUUCGGUAUACCCUGGCAGCAGAGAAGAAGUUGUGAAGAGUUGCCUGGUUGGCAGGAGGCUCUGCUCCAUCCAAGCUGUUUACAUGUGGCGCGUAGUGCAUUACGACUUGGGGGAGUAUCCUGGCCUCAGGUGAAGCAGAAGGCUUUAGAUGCUCAAAGAACACCAGAGACUCCGCUGUGUGCCGAGGCGGUCUUUGAGCAUUUGGGCGGCAAGCAGACGACCCCGGAUCGACUGCUGGCCGAUGAAGGUAGCCUUUGCACUGCAUAUGCAGCAUUGCUAACCAAUCAGAUGUUACAGCUCCGUUGGCACGAGAUUCACGCUGAAAGAGAGACCCGCUGCUCUGAUGCCAUUGCUGGGCUUGAGGUUUACAGUUCCCGGCGGCAUGAGGCAGCUCUGAGCCCAGAGCCUACCAGUGUUUUGCAUCUUUCACGAAGACCUGCGGGUCUGGGCUCCAAGCGUUUCUUGGCAUUAGCAGAUGCGAGAUUAAUGAGUCCAUGGAGACGAAAAGUGAAGCCUCGAUGGCAGAAAGUCUGGGACUAUGCGAAGAAAAUGGCGGAUGGUGAGCAAUUUCCGCCAGUGUCAAUUGCAUGGAGGAAGGAGCUGCAGGAAUGGACCUGGCGGGAUGUUUCUGACGGUGUCUUACAAGGAUCCCAACUGAAAGCAGGACUACAUCAGGACUGGCAGCUGGUGGCCAUCGGGCCGUGCGGCGAGCGUGGUGCAGUCCUGGCAGAUCAGCCGAUGGCGAAGAUGACUUGCGAGGGAGACCUUGCGGAUGUGGCUUUGCCAGGUGCUAGACCCGAGAUCAAUGACAGACAGAAGUUGUCGCACAGUGGCAAAGACAUGACAGAAGUCAAGGCCUGGAUUCGCCUGGAUCACAUUGAGACCUGGGGAGUUGAUGCUGUAGCACCUUGGGAUGUCACCGGGAGUGCCGAGGGGCAGCAAGGUGCUGCUGGCUGGGUUUUGCCGCUGACGGGACAUCCGAGCAGCAGAGCAGCAUGGCUGGACUCUUUUCAGCAGUAUGUGGGUGAGUUCCGAGAUUUGGCCAAGAGGCCAAGGUCCUUCCUGACACAGGUGCUGAAUUUGGGCUGCAUCGUCUUCUCUGCGCUGAUGCUUUGGAAGGGACUGAUGGUGGUCACCAAGAGUGAAAGCCCAGUGGUUGUUGUGCUCAGUGGUAGCAUGGAACCAGGGCUACAGAGAGGAGAUAUUUUGUUUCUUACUCUCUUUUCAGAGCCGUUCAAACCGGGUGAUAUCGUUGUUUUCCAGAUCGAGGGCAGAGACAUCCCGAUCGUUCAUAGAAUGAUGAACGUACAUGAAAAGGCAGAUGGAAAGCUUGCUAUGCUCACAAAAGGUGACAACAAUCAGGUAGAUGACAGAGGUCUAUAUGCUGCAAGGCAGCUAUUCCUCAGCAAGAAAGAGAUAAUGGGUCGGGCACAGGCCUAUUUGCCUUAUGUCGGGAUGGUCACCAUCUGGUGGGAUGCUCAGAAACUCCAAUGGAACUAUAUUCGAAGGAAGUUUAGAAGUCAAACUUCCGACAAUAUGGACAGAUGA